GUGCGGUGGGCACUGGGACGUGUAGUCCGGCGUGACAGGCGGCGGGGCUCCCCCAGCUCUCAACCCGCUGAGGCGAGGAUGGCGGCUUCGGGCUUGGGCGAGCACUGGCGGACGGAGCUGCGUCAACACGCCGUGCUGUGCCGCCUGAGGGACCAGGCUGCCGAGGCCGGGCCUCGGGCGGAGAAGGAGGAGGCGGCCGGGCCGAGCCUGCCGCGGGGCUUGCUCUUCGGGGUGGGAGGCGAUCUCUUCCUGUGGGAUGGCGAGCGCGGCGCCUUCUACACCCUCAGCCUGAGGCGGCUGGGCGAGGAGCCCGACGCGCUGGGCCACUACCAGACCCUGCUCUGCAUAAACCCACCCCUGUUUGAGGUUUAUCAAACCUUGCUGAGUCCUACGCAGCAGUAUGUCGCUCUGAUAGGAACAAAAGGGUUGAUGGUGGUGGAAUUACCCAAACGUUGGGGCAAGAACUCUGAUUUUGAAGGUGGGAAGGCAACGGUUAACUGUAGCACCACUCCUAUUGCAGAAAGAUUCUUCACGAGUUCAUCAUCCCUGAUGCUGAAGCAUGCCUCCUGGUAUCCAAGUGAGAGGCUGGGACCCCACAUGGUGCUGUUAACGUCAGAUAACACAAUAAGGAUAUACAGCUUAAGUUCCCCCCAGAUGCCUGUGAAAGUGAUUGCUCUUUCCGAUGCUGAUGAGGAGACCUUGAGGCUCAAUAAGGGGAGAGCCUACACAGCACUGAUAGGAGAGACUGCAGUCGCCUUUGACUUUGGGCUCCUAACAGCAGUCCCCAAAAACAUAACUGGGCAACAAGAGAAAGAGGACGUCCUGGCAUAUCCCCUGUACAUCUUGUAUGAAAAUGGGGAGACAUUCUUGACCUACAUUAGCCUCCAGUACAGCACUGGCAGCCUCGGCAGACUGUUGGGCCCGCUGCCGAUGCACCCCACGGCGGAAGACAACUACGGCUACGAUGCCUGUGCGGUUCUCUGCCUGCCGUGCAUCCCCAACAUCUUGGUGAUCACCACUGGCUCGGGCGUGCUUUAUCACUGUGUGGUAUUGGAGGGAGAAGAAGACGAUGAACAGAUGUCUGUCAAAUCCUGGGAUUCAAAGGCUGACCCCAUCCCAUCGCUCUAUGUCUUCGAGUGUGUCGAGCUGGAGCUGGCGCUGAAACUGUCGUCAAGAGAGGGGGAAGAGCCGCUGGAAUCGGACUUCUCCUGCCCAAUUAAGUUGCACAGAGAUCCAAAGUGCCCCUCACGCUAUCACUGCACACACGACGCUGGGGUUCACAGCAUCGGACUCACCUGGCUCAACAAACUUCACAAGUUCCUCGCGUCAGAUGAGGAAGACAAGGACAGCUUGCAGGAACUCGGCACGGAGCAGAAAUGCUUUGUGGAGCACAUCCUUUGCACAAAGCCCUUGCCGUGCAGGCAACCUGCCUCCAUCAGAGGGUUUUGGAUCGUCUCAGAUAUCUUGGGACCCACCAUGGUCUGCAUCACCAGCACCUACGAAUGCAUCACCAAGCCUCUUCUUUCUGCAGUCCACCCAUCAUCUCCGCUUCUCUGCACCAAGGAAGACUCCCAAGUUACGGCCUCUCCUCUCCGCUUACUAGCUGGCUUGCCAGAUUCCUUUGAGACCCACGUCCGGAACAUUCUGUCUCGCAGCUCUGCCAACCCUCUGGUGCUGAAGGCGGCAGAUAAGGAGUCUUCUCCUCCCCCUGAAGAAUGUCUCCAGCUCCUCAGCAGAGCCACCCAAGUGUUCAGGGAGGAAUAUAUCCUGAAACAGGACCUGGCCCGAGAAGAGAUUCAGCGAAGAGUGAAAUUACUGCGUGAACAGAAGAAGAAACAGCUGGAAGAUCUUGGCUACUGUCGAGAAGAAAGGAAAAGCUUGCGGGAGAUGGCUGAACGCUUGGCUGAUAAGUACGAGGAGGCGAAAGAGAAACAGGAGGACAUCGUGAACAGGAUGAAGAAGAUGCUACGUGGCUUCCAUGCUCAGCUGCCUGUCCUGUCAGAUAGUGAGAAGGACAUGAAGAAGGAGCUGCAGACCAUCCAUGAGCAACUGAGGCACAUGGGGAAUGCAAUCAAACAGGUCAAAAUGAAGAAGGAUUACCAGCAAAGGAAAAUGGAGAAGGGCGCCAGUCCACGGAAGCCCAGCAUCAGCCUCAAUGCCUACCAGAGGAAAUGCAUCCAGGCCAUCCUGAAGGAGGAGGGGGAGCACAUCCAGGAGAUGGUCAAACAGAUCAAUGACAUCCGGAACCAUGUGACCUUCUGACACACCUGCGGCUGGCCCUACAGAACACACAGCCAUCCAUGACAGUUGCCCUUCCUCUAAUUUAUAAACCAAGUUGUUACACCAGGUAAUCGGCAGACCUUUUGUAAAGUCACAUAUUGUUGAAUAAACAGUUCUUUUGUGGUUU